CCGCUCCGGCCGGCGCAGGCCAUCGCGACGACGCAGCAGUUCCACGACUGGUUCUCGUCGGUCGAGGCGUCGCUCGAGCGCGAGCAGGAGCAGGUCUACGUCGAGCACCUCGGCGAGCUCGUCGCGCACCUCGCCACGUGCGACUCGGUCCUCGGCUCGCUCGACGAGGCGCGCGGCCUGUUGAGCGAGAUGGAGGCCAACUACCGGUUCGUCGACGAGAACUCGCGCAGCCUGCAGCUCGCGUGCGAGCACAUGCUCGACGAGCAGCGCCACCUCCUCGAGGUGACCGAGGCCAUCGGCGCCCGCCUCGAGUACUUCCGCGAGCUCGAGAAGGCGACGCGCAUGCUCAACCUCCCUGGCGAGGAGCUCGUCCUCCAGGACGACUUUCUCAACCUCCUCGACCGCCUCGACGCGUGCCUCGACUACCUCAAGCUCAACCGCGACUUUCGUGACGCCGAGAUCUACUUGAUCCGGUACCAGCAGUGCCUGACGCGGUCCAUGACGCUCAUCAAGAUGUACUUUGUCUCGACCGUCCGCAAGCUCGCCGCCGACGUCCAGGACAAGGUGCAGGGCAAGGACCUGUCGGACGCGGCGUUCGACGCGCUCCUGUACGCCAAGUUCUCGCAGCCGGCGCCGACCCUGCGCAUCCUCCUGUACGAGCUCGAGAAGCGGGCCCUGACCGACCCGGACGAGUACGGGUCGCUCCUGAGCGAGUGCUACGCCGUGUGGUUCGCCGCUCGAGGUGCCCUCCUCGGCCCGCGCCUGAACGAGGAGGUGCGGCGCAUGGACCCGGUCACGGCCGAGCUCGUCAAGCUCGCCAAGGCCGGGUGCGCGUACCUGCGCGGCGUGUGCGCUCAAGAGUGGACCCUGUUCCGCGAGUUUUUCGGCGGCGGCGAGGACGAGGCUUACCGGUUCCUCGAGUCGUUGUGCGACAGCCUGUAUGACUCGCUGCGGCCGCGCAUCCUGCACGAGCCGCGCCUCGACGCCCUGUGCGAGCUGUGCGCCGUCCUGUACGCGCUCAUGGCGCUCGACACGGCGUCGCCCUCGACGGCAGCCGACGCCGACGACGACGACGAGGGCGGGCGCAACGACUUGCGCUUUGCCGUCCUCCUCCAGACGAUCCUCCAGGACGCCCAGACGCGCCUCGUCUUUCGGGCGCAAGCCGUCGUCCAGAGCGAGGUCCUCCACUUUGCGCCGUCGCCGGCCGACCUCGACUACCCAGCCAUCAUCGUGCGCUCGCCCGGGCUCAAGGCGCUGUGGGAGGAGCCGGUCGCAGUCGGGCAGAGUGCGGGCGAGGACGGGGCCAAGCGGUUCCGGGCCCCGAGCGAGGCGGCGCAGGCGACGUGGUACCCGACCCUCAAGCGCACCGUCUGGGUCCUGUCUCGCCUCAACGCCUACGUCAACGACGCCAUCUUCGAGGACUUUGCCGGCGAGGCCGUCGCCCUGUGCCGCAAGUCGCUCGUCGACGCCUCGGCCCAGAUUGCCGCACAGCCUCCUGUCGCCGAGGGCCAGACGGCGCAGGACAAGGAGGCCGACGGCACGCUGUUCCUCGUGCGGCACUUGCUCCUCCUCAAGGAGAUGGUGCGCAGCGUCGACCUCGUCCACAUCGAGCGUGCGGCCGACUUUUCGAGCGUCACCGGUGCGUCUCUCUCUCUCUCCCUUCCGUCCGCGAGCUCGGGGCGGGCGAGGAAGGUCCACUCACGGCGCUCGCCCCGCCUGACCCUUGUCUCGCCCACUUCUCCUCGUCAGGAUCUCGACGUCGCUCUCAAGCGCGCCUGCGAGUCGCUCAUUCGGUCGUCGUCGACGGCGCUCACGUCAACGCUGCGCUCGUUCCUCGACCAGUGUACGGCCUUCCUCUCGUCGCCGUCGCCGCUCGCCCGAGGUGGACUCGUCGAGCAAGAGUGGGCGUCGCCCGAGCGGGUCCUCGAGCUGCACUCGGCGUUCAGGGACGGGCUCGAGGAGCGGGCGACGAGCGUUGUGCGGCGCAUGAGGGUGUUUCUCGUCGAGGAAAAGACGGUCGGCGUCUUGCUCCCGCCGCUCUGGGAGGACCUCCUCGAGACGUACUCGACCUUCUACAACCUUGUCCGUUCCGAGUACGGGUUCGCGACGAGCUCGUCGUUGAGUGCGCCGGACGAGGUGCGAGCGGUGGUCGAGCGCGCCGGGCGCGGGGUGGCUUGA